ACACCACCAUCGAGAGAAUCUCUCACAAAACAUAACUGUACAACAUCAAAGAGUAGAAGAAGAGAAAUGAAAGCACCAAGCUUUUCCUCUCUUUUCCCCUUCCUCCUCCUGUCCUCCGUCUCCUCUUAAUCUUCACCUCCACCACCCAUCCAUCAUCAACAUCUAUAUAUAAAAUCAUCUCUCUCUCUCGCUCUCUCUCCAAUCAACCAUGUCCCUUGAUGACUCCUUAAGAUCUCUCUCUCUAGACUACCUCAACCUCCUCAUCAACGGCCAAGCGUUCAGUGAUGUAACUUUCAGUGUAGAGGGUCGUCUUGUCCAUGCCCACCGAUGCAUCCUAGCAGCUAGGAGCCUCUUCUUCAGGAAAUUCUUCUGUGGACCGGACACACCGACCGGUAUCGACCCCACCGGCUCGAGGAUGGGACCGGUCGGAGGGUUGGCUUCGUCCCCUAGGGGUUCGAAUUCGCAGGUGAUACCAGUGAAUUCAGUGGGCUAUGAGGUGUUCUUGUUGAUGUUGCAAUUUUUGUAUAGUGGGCAGGUCUCAAUAGUUCCUCAGAAGCAUGAGCCCAGGACUAAUUGUGGUGAGAGAGGGUGUUGGCACACACAUUGCACCUCAGCCGUUGAUCUUGCUCUGGACACUCUUGCUGCCGCUAGAUCCUUUGGAGUGGAACAGCUCGCAUUGCUCACUCAGAAGCAAUUGGCAAGCAUGGUAGAGAAGGCCUCAAUUGAGGAUGUAAUGAAGGUUUUGAUAGCUUCAAGAAAGCAAGACAUGCACCAACUUUGGACUACUUGUUCCCAUUUGGUUGCAAAGUCUGGCCUCCCAGCAGACAUCCUAGCCAAGCACCUUCCCAUUGAUGUUGUAGCCAAGAUCGAAGAGCUCCGCCUCAAAUCCUCCCUCGCCCGCCGUUCCCUUAUGCCACACCACCACCAACACCACGACCUCACGGCUGCCGCUGACCUCGAGGACCAGAAAAUUCGACGAAUGAGAAGAGCUCUUGACUCAUCUGAUGUUGAACUUGUCAAGCUUAUGGUAAUGGGUGAAGGGCUUAAUCUUGACGAGGCAUUGGCCUUGCAUUAUGCGGUUGAGAAUUGUAGCCGAGAAGUUGUUAAGGCCUUGCUUGAGCUUGGUGCAGCUGAUGUUAACUACCCAGCCGGGCCAGCCGGUAAAACUCCCCUCCACAUUUCGGCGGAGAUGGUGUCGCCGGACAUGGUGGCGGUCCUCCUGGACCACCAUGCCGACCCAAAUGUCCGAACGGUCGAUGGAAUUACUCCUCUAGAUGUGCUCCGAACCCUAACUUCUGAUUUUCUAUUCAAAGGGGCUGUCCCGGGGUUAACCCACAUUGAGCCAAACAAGCUCAGACUCUGUCUUGAGCUUGUUCAAUCGGCGGCUAUGGUGAUUUCUCGUGAGGAAGGCAAUGCAAAUGCUCCUUCUUCCACCAGUAUCUACCCUCCUAUGGAUGAAGAUCACCAUAGCAGUUCUAGCAGUGGAAACAUGGGUAAUCUUAACCUUGAUUCAAGAAUGGUUUAUCUCAAUCUUGGUGCAGUAGCUUCCACCCACAUGGGUUGUAACAAGAUGAAUGAGAGAGAUGAUAAUAGCAACAAUAGCCAGAGGGAAGCCAUGAAUCGACAAGGUGGCUGUGACCCAUCCAUGUACCACCACCACUCUCAUGAGUAUUAGCUCAAUUAUAUUUAUCUAUCACCUUCUAUAUUUAUUGGGUAUAUAUCCAUGAAGUGGAAAAACACAAGCAGAAGUUCAUCAGAUGGAGAUUGAUGUUGGGUUAUAUAUGAUCUUUUGGUCAUUUCUUCAUUUGUUAUUUUUCGCCCUUGUUCUGUGGUGGGUUUCUUUGAUUUUUCUAGGGCUUUCAGUGAUGAUCAUGCUCAUGGGAUGGGAUGGAACCUGGAGAAUCUAAGUUUUGCUCUGGAUGAUGGACAGGACACAGGUCAAUCUUUUCAACCCCGGCCUGUCAACUCCUUUUGUAUUUACUGGUAUUUGUAAUGUUGUGGCAUUUUUUAGUGACCUAUUAUUUCUUGUCCCCCGAUUAAG